CAAGAUGGCUGCCCCCAGGGCACAAUGAGCCCGCUCCGGCCGCCGCCGCGGCCGCUGCGGGGUCCCGCUGCCCGGGGCUGAGCCGGCUGCUGACGACGGGGUCCUCUGGCCGCAGCGAGCGAGGAGGGGGACUCGUCCGCGGCCGCUUGGCCUGCGGGGCCCCGCCGGGGCGAGUAACGGGAGAGAGGAGCCGGCGCCGGCGGGCCUCCCCGGGGCGGCGGGGAGGGGGGGGAUGUGGGCCGCUUUGCUGCGGCGCGGGGGCCGCGGCGCCGGCGGCCUCCGGGGUCUGGCGUCGGGCGGCCCAUCCUGGAGCCAGGUGGUGUCGGAGGCUGAGAAGAUCGUGGGGUACCCGACGUCCUUCAUGAGCCUGCGGUGCCUGCUGAGCGACGAGCUCAGCAACAUCGCCAUGCAGGUCCGAAAGCUGGUGGGCACCAAGCACCCGCUGCUCGACACCGCCCGGGGUUUUGUGUACGAUAGCCGAAAUAAUUUACAGAUGCGAGGUUUGGUCAUAUUGCUUGUUUCCAAAGCUGCUGGACCCAGCACGGCAGAACUCUCUUUCCAGCACAACAUGGUCAGUGGAAUUUAUUCCAGUCAAAGAAGUCUGGCCGAGAUUACGGAACUGAUCCACACUGCCUUUCUGGUGCAUCGUGGCAUAGUGAAUAUUGGUGAGCUCAAGUCCUGUGAUGGCCCACUGAAGGAUAUGCAGUUUGGAAAUAAAAUGGCUGUUUUGAGUGGAGAUUUUCUUCUAGCAAAUGCUUGCACAAGCCUUGCACAGCUGCAGAAUACCAAGGUUGUGGAACUCAUUUCAAGUGCUAUUGGUGACUUAGUUCAAGGUAUAUAUUAUGAAAACUCAAAAUCAUCUGAGGAAAACUGUCUUACAGAUGAUAUCAGCAUAUCGAGGUGGAAGGAGCAGGUUUUCCUGUCACAUAGUGCCUUGCUGGCAAAGAGCUGCCAGGCUGCAAUGGAGCUAGCAAAGCACAGUGCUGAGAUUCAGGACGUGGCAUUUCAGUAUGGAAAGCACAUGUCUAUGAGUCAUAAGCUACAUUCAGACCUUCAGCCAUUUGUUAAAGAAAGUUCUAGUGACACCAUGGCCUUCAGUUUGAAUUCUGCUCCUGCAGUCCUCCAUCAGGAAUUCCUUGGAAGGGAGGCAUGGAUUAAACAGAUCAGAGAGGCACAAGGAAAAGGAAAUAUAAUGGACUACAAGAAGUAGCUUUCAACGUGAGAGGUGGAAGCAGUCCUGAGACCAAGGCAUUGAACCCAGAUCCUGCUUUUCAUGGGAAGUGGCCGCUGUUCCGGGUUUUGGUUCCGUUCUUGGCCCAGCAAACCUCAGAGGGUUGAGUGGAAAAUGCCCCAGCUCCAACUAUUUGGUGCUUAUGGUUGUCUCCUGAAGGACAGGAAAUGGAAGCUUGAAGCCGAGGUGCUGAUACAAAACUCUCCUUUCCAGUGGGCAAUCUCUUUUCCAAGGGGCAAUCUUCAAGGAACAAUCAAUGGCUUGUUACCGUUUAUUUGCAUUUAUUUGCGGCUCAACUUGGCUGCGCUAUUGCAACGUUAUUCUUUAAGCUGAAUUUAAAUAACCAAAACCCAGUCGGUGAUUUUUUCAGAUUCAUGGCACCUUCAGAAUGAAGUAGGGCUUUAGUGCCAAUGCUCUGAACAAAAGCUUAAAAGUUAAAAUGCAGUAUUCCAGCAUAUCUAGCAGUUCAACUGGAGAAAAGUGUGUCAAAACAAUCUGUAUUUUGACUUGUAUUCAGUUUUAAUUAUUGAAUGCCACUCUGAAGGAGUUUGUGUUUUAACGAUGGAUUAAAUUGUUCCUACAAGUGGAAACAUGUUUGAUGCACAAAACGAUGCUAUAUAAGUAGAGACUAAAAGAGCAGAUUCCUUCAUUUAGAAGAAAUUAAUGAGGGAGCUUAAUUAAAGUUUAUAAAGCAACAAAUACAAGCAGUUCAUUUUGCUUUUCUGUUUAUUGGCCUCAAAAAUUAGCUGUUCCUAUCCAAAUGAAAUUAAAAAAUAAUACAUCUAAACUGGAUACAUUGAUUUUUUUUUCUAUGUACUUAGUUUGUGAAGUUCAUUACAUAAAAUCAUUGAAGCUCAAAAAUUUAGAGUGUGAAAGUGUAACUGUAAUACAACUAACACUACAGCUGAAGUCUUAAAUUAGGUGGUUUUUGCACACAGCAGGGCUACUGAAGCCUGGUUUCCUACGGAGUUAUAUCCUGUAUUUCUUUAAUAACUAUCCCACUACAAGAAGCCCAAUUUGUAUUCUUCUCCCACCCACCCACCCCCCUUUUCUUUUUUCUUCCUUUUACAACCCCAGCUGAGAUAGAGGUAGCAUGCAGUCUGGUUAAUCCAGACUGGUUUGCCUCAGUGUAUGCUUAUUUGAGUCGACCAGCUGAUUCUGCAAAUGGAAUAUAAAACGGGUAUGUUUUUAAGGGCUGUAAAUUGUUCAUUACAUAGGAUGAUCUCUGACUGAAGAGCUGAGGAAGGAGCUUGCCGUAUGAGCAGGUAUUUUUCAUUUUGAGGUUCCUUGAACUUUUCUUGGAAACUUUCAAUAGCGGAUUAGUCUGAUUUUUGUAUAGUGAUUCCUCUGCCUAUAGUUUGACACCAACUUUGCAAUUGUUUUGGCUUCAAGGCACUGUGUGUGUCUAAGGGCUUACACACACAAGACAAGCAUGUAAAUGGAUUGUGUCCUCGCAUUAGAAUUCUCCCCCUUUCCAGAUUUUGGUGUUACAAGUAAGUCAUAGUACGUAUAUGCAAUUAUACAUGCUUAAGCUAAGCUCCUCUGAUCUUUGACCAGUUUGAAGACUUUUUAGGAGCUAUUUUCUUUCCUGUUUACGUGUCAAUAUAUACUUACAUGAGUAUUACAAAGUAUGCUAAACCUUUUUAAUGAGCUUUUGCAAAUCAGCAGUGCUUGCUUCAAGAUGUGUGGGUUCUGCCAUCUCGCAAAGUUGUGCCUCAAGGAAGGGGGAAGAAACAGCUUUUCACACUGCUGGCGUACCUCACCUCACCUAUCCCCACUUUUGCUGUAGAGCUGUGGUUAUAUGGCUGAUUCCCAUUCGUUAGAAGACGUGUUGAAUUAGCUAUGCAAUGCAUUUAUGCCUCGGGGCAAGUUCCUUUCCAGCGCACAGUGCAGGAAGAUUCUAACUGAAGUGGAGAAUAAAAUUUUUAUGAACUGGGACUUGAACACUCAUGUGCUGUAAUAUGCUUUCAGCUAAUUUCAUCUUUAAAUACAGAUAAUGAAUCCACUUCAGUUUGCAUUCAGAUAAGAAAUGUCAUUCAUUCUGUAUGAAUGCAAGUAUCUACAUAAAAUGGGUGACUUUUACAAUUUGGUCAUAGCUUAGAUUUUUUUUUUUUUUACAUUAUUUAAACUAGACAGAUAAGGUUAUACUGAUGCAUUUGUAAAUGAAUUGGGGCAUUGGGCUGUGUAUUGGAGGAAAACAUAAUUUAUAAAACCCUGUAUGAUUAGUUACUGUAGAUACCUGUGUUCGAGAAAAGCCCUUUUUUUAAAAGCCAAUACAGUGAUGUAAGCCAGCUAUGAAAGCCAGGUGGGGCACAUUAAAGAUCAUGAAAUGCUGUCAUGCUUUUGGGAUAAUCAAAUCCCGAAGAUCCACCUGGACUUAAUUCCCAGGCUCUGGCAUGAGGCAUCAGGCUGGAGUUGGUCUGAGGACACCUGUAUUUUAGGUUGGAAAAUGUAACAGUGUUUCAUGACAGUCUCAUGAUGCUGUUCAGGAAAAAAAAGCAAUUAAAAAUAAAAAAGCCCUUAAUAAGUGUGAUUACUAUUUAGAGCUUCAGCUAAGUUGAGGUACUGGGGAAAAACACCAUGUUUUGUUUGUGGUAUUUCAUAGGAAAUUUAACCUGUCACUUACCCAAGUUUUUUAGGUGCCAAAUCUUUCCAGCAGCUUGCCAUGAAAUGUCUGUUAUUCCAUGAAAAUACUUUCUUUCUCAUAUGAUGUAUCACCAAACCAUUGUCAAAUUCCCUAACCUUUACUGAAAAGGUUGAGUUUGCAUGGGUACAGCUCAGUACGAUAAAAGUUUAACACAUCCUAUUUUACUGACAAAAUUUGCUUUUGUCCACUGUAACAAAUGUAAUCAUAUGAUAUAUAAAUAGAAACCUGUAUUACAAAA